AUGCUGUGCGAUUCGAUAUUCAGCGACGGCGUCAGCGUCGAAUGCAGUCGGCACUUUGGCCGAUUUGCAAACCCCAAGCUGCCAACGCACUGCAGCAGAAAUCCAGCCACGUUCGAAUGGCACUCAAAAUGCCGCUGCGACAUGAUUUUACGAGUUCCAACCCAAAAUCGCAAAAUUGCAAAUAAUCAGGACAUCACACAAAGCACUCGAGACAGACAGACCGAAUCUAGCAAACGAAGCAGAGACGCGCAGAGCAUGGACGAUCUCGCACGCUACCUGCGUCGGGGGAGCGGCAUGGACGAAAGGCUAGCAUAUGAUAUGACUGUAUCUGAGCUGACAAACAUUUCAAGUUGGGAGGCUGGAGGUUCGUCGUCGAGCUGCAGUCGAAGAUGA